AUGGACUCAGAAUUCUUGAUUUCUCUUCAAGUUGUUAAAGUAGUGUUUGCAUAUUGUUUACCAUUAUGUAAACUUUUACAAAAAAUUAAUAUUGAUCUUAAAGAAGCAAUGGAUCUUGCUGAAGUAAGUGUAACUACUAUUCAAGGUUUACGAGAAAAUAUCAACGAAGAAUUUAAUGAACUGUUUAAAGAAGCUGAAAAAAUGGCUAAGAUAUUAGACAUCACUAUAUCAGUAAAACGUCUAAAUAAAAGAAGUACACAUAGAGCUAAUCCCUGUGUUAAGGAUGCUAAUGAAUACUAUCGUAUAACAGUAGCUAUACCAUACAUAGAUUAUUUUAUUCAGCAGCUAAAUGAGCGAUUUAUGUGCCAUAAAAAUAUAUUUAAAGGAUUUCAGAGUUUAUUUUCUGAUUUAUAUUCGGACGAAUUUGGUGAACUCAUUACAUUCUAUCUCGAUAGUGACAAAAAUACAGUUAUAGCAGAGUUACAUCUAUGGCAUGCUUUGUUAGAAAAAAAUGAACAGCGACCAAAAAACAGUUUAGAAGCUUUAAGACUUUGUAAAAAUGAAAUAUUUCCAAAUAUUUACAGUUUACUAAAAAUAUUAUGUACACUACCUGUAUCAACGGCCACACCGGAACGAACAUUUUCAUGUCUUAAAAGAUUGAAGAAUUAUCUACGUAGCACGAUGACAGAAACUAGACUUAAUGGAUUGACAAUGCUGGCCGUUCACAAGGAAGUUCCAAUAACAGCUGAAGAAGUCCUUGAUGAAUUGGCCAAAAAGCCUAGAAAAUUAGACUUUGUUCUUUAA